AUGUCUUUGUUUAUAAAGAGCUCGAGCAUGGUUAUCGAAUGUGUGAGUUUAUUGUUGUUGGUAUUACUCAUCAACAAUGUUCAAGCUGCUCGGAUCCUUCAAGCUCCGAUGAAAACUUUCGAUGUAAACCAAUAUGGUGGUGUUGCAGAUGGAAAAACUGAUAACAGCAAGGCUUUUAUUGCUGCAUGGAAUGAAGCUUGCAAAAACAAUGGAGGUGGCGUGGUCUUAUUUCAGAAAGGGACAUAUUUAGUGAACCCUUUGAUGAUAGAAGGCUCUGCUUGCAAGGGGCCAAUGGAGGUGCAGAUCCAGGGCACCUUAUUGGCUUCAAAAGAGUACCAGUACUCGGUCGGUAUCGACCAUUGGAUCCUCUUCCGAUACGUCGCAAACUUGGUGAUAAGUGGUGGAGGGACGUUGGAUGGCCAAGGAGCCUCUGCUUGGCCCUAUAACGACUGCAUCAAAAACAAGCAAUGCAAGGCACUGCCUGGGUCAUUGAAGUUCGACUUUGCCAAUAAUACAAAGAUCGAGAACAUAACAAGCCUCAACAGCAAGAACACCCACAUCAACUGUUUCGCAUGUCGUGAUGUGAUAUUCAGCAACAUUCACAUAACUGCCCCGGGCGACAGCCCCAACACCGAUGGAAUCAAGAUCGGUGAAUCAAGCAACAUCCAAAUACAUGAUUCAGUAAUAGCCACAGGAGAUGACUGCCUAGCUUUCCUUCCUGAUUCAAGAAACAUUUCCGUCACUCGUAUUCAUUGCGGACCUGGCCAUGGAAUCAGUCUUGGAAGCAUUUCCAGUAAAUCUAUUACUGGCUUGAGCGUAACGAAUUCGAGCUUGGUAGGUACUCAGAAUGGUGUUAGAAUCAAGACGAAGAGUCCCUCUCAACCAGGCAGUGUUUCAAAUGUUACAUUUCAACACAUUCAAAUGGAUAAGGUCGAUAACCCCAUAGUCAUUGAUCAACAAUAUUGCCCUGGUAGUGGUUGUACUGCCCCGAAAACUUCGGAGAUUCAGAUCACUGAUGUGAAGUACAUUGACAUUUGGGGUACUUCAAACACAGAAACUGCAGUUAAUUUCAAGUGUAGCGAAAAUAAACCUUGUACGAAGAUCGAGUUGAGGGAUAUCAACCUAAAUUACAGCGGAGGUCGACAGGCAAACGAAUCGUGUUUGAAUGCAAAAGGAGUAGCUUCCGGCAAAGAAUACCCUAAAUCUUACAGACCUAGUACGUACAGAUGA